AAACCGGGACAGAGCUCCCGCCUCCCGCCCCUCCGCCGCUCCAGCCGCCGGCAUCAUGGAGCGGCCGCUGUCGCUGGGGCCGCUGCUGCCGCCCUACGAGCCGCUGCCCGAGGCGGGGGAGGCGGAGGGGCUGCCCCCCAGCGUCGCCGUGCCCGUGGAGCCCCCGCCGCCCCCCCGCGACCACCUGGCCUGGUCGUUCUGCACCACGCUCUACGGCAACAUCUGCUGCCUGGGUUUCCUGGCUCUCGUCUUCUCCGUCAAGUCCAGGGACCGCAAAGUCCUCGGUGACUACAGCGGGGCGCUCAGCUACGGCUCCACCGCCAAGUACCUGAACAUCACCGCCCUGCUGAUCAACAUCUUCCUCGUCAUCCUCAUCCUUGCCCUGGUGGCUACUGGCACCAUCACCGCCAUGACCUUCUACCGCAAGCAAGAGCAACCAGAAUCCAUCUUCGGCCCCACUUAGGCCUCCCCCUCACGUCUGCCAGCAGCCCCCGGCGCCCCUUGGAGCGGAGGGAUGUCCUCCACGUACCCCCAGAGCCCGCGGGGCCCUGUCCCCCUUUCCUCGCUGCUCAGAGCCCUGCGGAGCCCUCGCUGGAACUGCCUGGAGACACCCCCCUCUGGCAGGAGCCGAGCACCCCAAAACUGGCUGUACCAAAGAGGAGGAGCUUUUCCACUUCCCACCAGUCCCAUAGCCCUAAGUGCCUCUAAGAAUAAUCCUAAGCAGAAGUGCCUUGUUUGGAGAAAAUCUGGUUCAAAUAAAGGUUUCUUACACUUUU